AUGGAGGACCAAAAGAUGCGAAUACACAGUGCCAUAAGUAGUUGCAACAUCUUGUUAGACAACAGAGAGCGGGUAAAGAUUACUGGAUUUCAAAAACCAUUGUUCCUGCCUCCGAAUCAAAUUGGCGACGGGCAAGCGGAUUCCAAGAAUACAUAUCCUUGCUUCGAUCCUUAUAUGGAUCCGGAAUAUGCUAAGACUGGCAAGCUGAAAAAAGAGUCAGAUGUAUAUAGUUUCGGAGCAGUUAUGUUUCAAAUUUUGUGCGGAAAGUCUGCCGAUGAGUUAACUAACAAAAAGGAGGGUCAAGGACAUGAACUGGUGUCCCAGGUCGUACGACGAUGGUUCGACACAGGAAUAGAGAAAAAAAUAGCUUCUGUACUUAUGGCAAAAAAUGGAGAAGACAAGUUUUCUCUAAAUAAAGGACCCAACAAAGAUUCAUUGGAAGCAUUUAUUGAGAUUGCAUAUCGGUGUUUAGCAGAAACACAAGACGAGCGUCCGACAAUGAAAGUGGUCAUCAAAGAACUUGAGAAAUCAUUAUCAUUUCAAGAAAACAAUAAGGAUAUCUUCCGAAUGUCACUCGAGGAAAUAAAAUUGGCCACACAUGAUUUCAGUCCUCUCAACAACAUUGGAGAAGGAGGUUUUGGAAGGGUAUACAAAGGCAAAGUUGGAAAUAAACAUGUUUAUGGGAAUUAUACCAUUGUCGCCAAACGGUUAGAUACAAGUCAUGGUCAAGGGGAGCAACAAUAUUACAAUGAGUUACAAAUACUCUAUGAGUAUACGCAUGAGAAUGUCAUUGGUCUUGUAGGCUACAACGACGAAACUAAUGAAAAAAUCAUUGUUUAUGAACAUGCAUGUAAGGGAAGCCUUGAUAAAUAUUUGAAUGAUGCUAGUCUUACAUGGAGGAAUCGCCUUAUGAUAUGCAUUGAUUUUGCAACCGGGUUGGAUUUCCUUCAUGGAGGCAUUCGUGGAAAAGAGGUUGUGAUACAUAGGGACAUCAAACCUGCUAACAUUUUAUUGUUUGAAGAUUGGAAGGCAAAAAUUGGUGAUUUUGGGCUUUCUAUCAUAAGUACGGUAAAUAAGGAAGCAGACUAUGUCAUCGAUCAUGCUUGCGGCACACGAGGCUACUGCGACCCGUUGUACAAAAAAUCAGGUUUCUUAACCAUAGAAUCCGACAUUUAUUCGUUUGGUGUUGUUUUAUUUGAGAUCUUGUGUGGGAGAUCUACAUUUGAAAUCCACAAAUAUGAGGGUCGAUAUCUGCCCGAUUUCGUUAAGCACAAAUUUGAAGAAGGAAAACAAAACGAGGUUGUAUUUGAAGCUCUAAAGAAAGAAAUCAUGCAAAAGUCAUUAACAACAUUUCAAAACAUUGCCAUCCAAUGCUUAGAUGGCAAUAGAGAAAAAAGACCAAGAGCGAAACAAAUUUUAGCAGAACUUAAGAAGGCGUUAGAAUUUCAAGUAAGUUAG